GUUCACUGUUCCAUCCAUCCUCCUCUGGAACACCUAGAAGGAGGGAGAGGGAGGCGGGUGAAGGAGAGGGAGGCGGGUGAAGGAGAGGGAGGCGGGUGAAGGAGAGGGAGGCGGGUGAAGGAGAGGGAGGGAGAGAAGGAGAGAGAGGCGGGUGAAGGAGAGGGAGGCGGGUGAAGGAGAGGGAGGGAGAGAAGGAGAGGGAGGCGGGUGAAGGAGAGGGAGGCGGGUGAAGGAGAGGGAGGGAGAGAAGGAGAGAGAGGCGGGUGAAGGAGAGGGAGGCGGGUGAAGGAGAGGGAGGGAGAGAAGGAGAGGGAGGCGGGUGAAGGAGAGGGAGGCGGGUGAAGGAGAGGGAGGGAGAGAUGGAGAGGGAGGGAGAGAAGGAGAGGAAAAAGAUCAGACCUCUUAUCUGGCAGAAUACUGUUGUGUUAAAAUACGGUUGAUCAGACCUCAUCUCGCAGAAUACUGUUGUAUUAAAAUACGGUUGAUCAGACCUCUUAUCUGGCAGAAUACUGUUGUAUUAAAAUACGGUUGAUCAGACCUCUCAUCUGGCAGAAUACUGUUGUGUUAAAAUACGGUUGAUCAGACCUCUCAUCUCGCAGAAUACUGUUGUAUUAAAAUACUUCAACAAGAUCAGUGUAUGUCGAUGUAUCACGUAUUUGUUGAUGCUGACUAGUAUGAUCUGACGGUGCUGAGGCUGACUAGUAUGGUGUGAAGGUGUUGAGGCUGACUAGUAUGGUCUGAAGGUGUUGAGGCUGACUAGUAUGGUCUGAAGGUGUUGAGGUUGACUAGUAUGGUCUGAAGGUGUUGAGGUUGACUAGUAUGGUCUGAAGGUGUUGAGGUUGACUAGUAUGGUCUGAAGGUGUUGAGGCUGACUAGGAUGGUGUUGAGGCUGACUAGGAUGGUGUUGAGGCUGACUAGGAUGGUGUUGAGGCUGACUAGGAUGGUGCUGAGGCUGACUAGUAUGGUCUGAAGGUGUUGAGGCUGACUAGGAUGGUCUGAAGGUGUUGAUGCUGACUAGGAUGGUCUGAUGGUGUUGAGGCUGACUAGGAUGGUCUGAAGGUGUUGAGGCUGACUAGUAUGGUCUGAAGGUGUUGAGGCUGACUAGGAUGGUCUGAAGGUGUUGAGGCUGACUAGGAUGGUCUGAAGGUGUUGAGGCUGACUAGUAUGGUGUUGAGGCUGACUAGGAUGGUCUGAAGGUGUUGAGGCUGACUAGGAUGGUGUGAUGGUGUUGAGGCUGACUAGGAUGGUGUUGAGGCUGACUAGGAUGGUGUUGAGGCUGACUAGUAUGGUCUGAAGGUGUUGAGGCUGACUAGGAUGGUCUGAAGGUGUUGAGGCUGACUAGUAUGGUGUUGAGGCUGACUAGGAUGGUCUGAAGGUGUUGAGGCUGACUAGGAUGGUCUGAAGGUGUUGAGGCUGACUAGGAUGGUCUGAAGGUGUUGAGGCUGACUAGGAUGGUCUGAAGGUGUUGAGGCUGACUAGGAUGGUCUGAAGGUGUUGAGGCUGACUAGUAUGGUGUUGAGGCUGACUAGGAUGGUCUGAAGGUGUUGAGGCUGACUAGGAUGGUCUGAAGGUGUUGAGGCUGACUAGUAUGGUCUGAAGGUGUUGAGGCUGACUAGGAUGGUCUGAAGGUGUUGAGGCUGACUAGUAUGGUCUGAAGGUGUUGAGGCUGACUAGUAUGGUGUUGAGGCUGACUAGGAUGGUCUGAAGGUGUUGAGGCUGACUAGUAUGGUGUUGAGGCUGACUAGGAUGGUCUGAAGGUGUUGAGGCUGACUAGUAUGGUCUGAAGGUGUUGAGGCUGACCAGGAUGGUCUGAAGGUGUUGAGGCUGACUAGUAUGGUCUGAAGGUGUUGAGGCUGACUAGUAUGGUCUGAAGGUGUUGAGGCUGACUAGGAUGGUCUGAAGGUGUUGAGGCUGACUAGUAUGGUCUGAAGGUGUUGAGGCUGACUAGGAUGGUCUGAAGGUGUUGAGGCUGACUAGGAUGGUCUGAAGGUGUUGAGGCUGACUAGUAUGGUCUGAAGGUGUUGAGGCUGACUAGGAUGGUCUGAAGGUGUUGAGGCUGACUAGUAUGGUGUUGAGGCUGACUAGGAUGGUCUGAAGGUGUUGAGGCUGACUAGUAUGGUCUGAAGGUGUUGAGGCUGACCAGGAUGGUCUGAAGGUGUUGAGGCUGACUAGGAUGGUGUGAAGGUGUUGAGGCUGACUAGGAUGGUGUGAUGGUGUUGAGGCUGACUAGUAUGGUCUGAAGGUGUUGAGGCUGACUAGUAUGGUCUGAAGGUGUUGAGGCUGAUUAGGAUGGUCUGAAGGUGUUGAGGCUGACUAGGAUGGUCUGAAGGUGUUGAUGCUGACUAGGAUGGUCUGAAGGUGUUGAGGCUGACUAGUAUGGUCUGAAGGUGUUGAGGCUGACUAGUAUGGUCUGAAGGUGUUGAUGCUGACUAGGAUGGUGUUGAGGCUGACUAGGAUGGUGUUGAGGCUGACUAGUAUGGUCUGAAGGUGUUGAUGCUGACUAGUAUGGUCUGAAGGUGUUGAGGCUGACUAGGAUGGUCUGAAGGUGUUGAUGCUGACUAGGAUGGUGUUGAGGCUGACUAGGAUGGUGUUGAGGCUGACUAGUAUGGUCUGAAGGUGUUGAGGCUGACUAUUAUGAUCUGAAGGUGUUGAGGCUGUCUAGUAUGGCACCAUACAGUGAGGGGAAAAAAGUAUUUGAUCCCCUUUUGAUUUUGUACGUUUGCCCACUGACAAAGAAAUGGUCAGUCUAUAAUUUUAAUGGUAGGUUUAUUUGAACAGUGAGAGACAGAAUAACAACAAAAAAAUUCAGAAAAACGCAUGUCAAAAAUGUUAUAAAUUGAUUUGCAUUUUAAUGAGGGAAAUAAGUAUUUGACCCCCUCUCAAUCAGAAAGAUUUCUGGCUCCCAGGUGUCUUUUAUACAGGUAACGAGCUGAGAUUAGGAGCACACUCUUAAAGGGAGUGCUCCUAAUCUCAGUUUGUUACCUGUAUAAAUGACACCUGUCCACAGAAGCAAUCAGUCAAUCAGAUUCCAAACUCUCCACCAUGGCCAAGACCAAAGAGCUCUCCAAGGAUGUCAGGGACAAGAUUGUAGACCUACACAAGGCUGGAAUGGGCUACAAGACCAUCGCCAAGCAGCUUGGUGAGAAGGUGACAACAUUUGGUGCGAUUUAUUCGCAAAUGGAAGAAACACAAAAGCUCUGUCAAUCUCCCUCGGCCUGGGGCUCCAUGCAAAAUCUCACCUCGUGGAGUUGCAAUGAUCAUGAGAACGGUGAGGAAUCAGCCCAGAACUACACGGGAGGAUCUUGUUAAUGAUCUCAAGGCAGCUGGGACCAUAGUCACCAAGAAAACAAUUGGUAACACACUACGCCGUGUAGGACUGAAAUCCUGCAGCGCCCGCAAGGUCCCCCUGCUCAAGAAAGCACAUAUACAGGCCCGUCUGAAGUUUGCCAAUGAACAUCUGAACGAUUCAGAGGAGAACUGUCACGAGAAUUUCUAUCUCUAAUUAAACUCAAUGCUUUGAAUAAUUCCCAGAGGGUGUAAGGCUCUGGUUUUAAUCAUGAAUUAAACAAAGGUCCAGAACCAGCAAGAAUGAUCUGUAGUAUUUAAUCAUGGAGAGCUCUCCCGCCAAAACACACACACACAUCGCCUUUAAUACCCCUUCACACAAAGGAACUUUGCUCCGCCCAUCUUUAGGCACCCUGUAACCAGUUUCUAAGUCCCCUUCAUCCUGGAAUGUUUGUCUCAGCAGUUUCUAACUCCCCCCCCCCCCCCCCCCCUCUGUUAGUGGGUUUACAAUGAUAACCCUAACACAGUUCUCACAGUCAUCAUCAGUAUCGGGGUGAACAAUUUUAGUCAUAAUCAUAAUUCCUCUAUCAAUUCACCCUUUGACUAAAUUGUUACACCCUCAGGAUAAAUGUAUUUACAAGCAUGAUCAAUCUGACCUUCAUACAUCAGAACUAAUAAACGUUUCAUCCAAUUGCGGUCUUUCAGGGUCAAAGUCCUCGUCAUCCACCAAGCCUGGAGGAUCGUUUUUCACAUUCCACUGGUCAGAGUCCGGAUUCCGUCCAUAUCUCACCAUCGGUUGAGACACUGCAUUUCUCCAACGCCUUACUCACCAACCCUCGGACACAGGGAACAAGACAACAACAACCACAUAAUACCAAGCAAUUGCAUCCAAUUGCGGUGGCUGCUAUCUUUUUCCAUUUACCAAACAUUUCAUCAAAUCACCCUAUCAAAGAUGUAUUAACUCCCUGAGUUCUCAGCCCAUUCUUCACUUAGAGCAAUCAAUCCUGCUAGAGCUCUGGUGACUGUCCCAUCCGGUGCGGUGUUGUUAGGGAUAAAUGUGCAACAACGGCCACCAUUCUAUAGACACCGCCCCUUUCUGCCUGAUCUAGAGCCAACCUAUUUUUCCAAGUCAUGAGUGAGGUGGCGGAUAAUUGUUCAGAGAUCCCCUUUACUGCAUCCCUAGUCUGGCCAAUAAAUCGUUGUUGGUCCACAAUUUUUGUUUAUUGUCAUCCACCAAAAGAACGUGGUAGUAAAUCCUUCCCCUACUUGUUUCAUAGCUCGGUAUCCAUCCGAUACCCCCCUUGGUACCCCAAUCGCAUCCAUCUAAAUAGGGCUAUUCUCCUUCUUGUUAAAACUCCUCCUACAUCUGUUUAACCCUUUCCUUGGUUCCUGGUGACUAAUUCUAACUAGCUGAAUCAGUAGAACCAGGGCGCAGGUACCCAGCCACCCUUUUGGAAUUAUCUGCCUUAUACUGCCUUUUACUGGCACACGCCCACCACACAUCGGUUACAGGGGCUGUGAGGUUUAGAAUUCUCUCCUGUGCUUCCGAACUUAAGUCAGUCACAUUACUACUAUCUCCAAUUGAUAAUUGGUGAUGUCUUUGUUUCUCUUUACCCCCCAUCUGGAUGUCCAGUCCCGCCCGGUCUCAUAUCCCCGUCCCCAAGUGUGUUUUUAAACACUUGAGUCUAGGAACAAUCCGCCGUGGGGCUCGAACACGAAUAUUAUGGGAUUUUAUAAUCCCAAAUUGCUUGUUGACAUGUACCCCACCCGUUGGCUACGUCCCUAACCCUUAUUUUGAAUCCUACAGUCUGCCCUUCUCUGACUCCCAUUUUGUAGGCCACUCGUCCUUGACGGUCAGUAUGUCGGGUCGCUUCUCUUCUCUUUGACUUCUUAACAAUGGUAAGGGCAUAGCGUAGGUGUGGUGGUGGAUCUUGACAUAUCAGGACCAUUGCCGAGACUAUGAUGCAGCUCAGGUUAUCCAUAUUCACAAAAACCACCAACCCUCUCCUGCCCUCAGUCUUUCUGCUUGGUACUACCCUGUACUCACACCCUGAGAACACACUACAGUGAUGAUAGGUCGGGGUAGGAGAUCUUCGUUAACAGAGGUGAUCCCCAGACCCUAUUGGUCCAGUUCUUCUCUCUAACUCUGCGUGUGUUCAGUGGUGCUUGUAUGUGGUCUUACCCUCUUGCAGUGGGUAACAUGGACCCAGGUUGCUCUCUCUGCUAUUCUAAUGGCAAAGGCAGUGACCAAUAUAACCUGAUAGGGCCCUUCCCAACAGGCGUGCUUCCAGUCUUUCUUCUUUAGGGACUGGAUCCACACCAGUCACCUGGUUAGAUAGAGUGGGUCACCUUCUCCUUUAGUUCACCUGUGGGAACGACAAAGACGUAUUUUGAGAUCCGGCUCGAAGGACCAUUUGUCACGAGAAUUUAUUUAUCUAAUUAAACUCAAUGCUUUGAAUAAUUCCCAGAGGGUGUAAGGCUCUGGUUUUAAUAAUGAAUUAAAUAAACAAAGGUCCACAACCAGCAAGAAUGAUCUGUAUUAUUUAAUAAUGGAGAGCUCUCCCGCCAAAACACACUUUGCGCCGCCCACCUUUAGGAGGCCUUUAACCAGUUUCUAAGUCCCCUUCAUCCUGGAAUGUUUGUCUCAGCAGUUUCUAACUCACCCCCCUCUGUUAGUGGGUUUAUAAUGAUAACCCUAACACAGUUCACACAGUAUCGGGGGUGAACAAUUUUAGUCAUAAUCAUAAUUCCUCUAUCAAGAACUGGGUGAAAGUGUUGUGGUCAGAUGAGACCAAAAUCGAUCUCUUUGGCAUCAUCUCAACUCGCCGUGUUUGGAGGAGGAGGAAUGCUGCCUAUGACCCCAAGAACACCAUCCCCACCGUCAAACAUGGAGGUGGAAACAUUAUGCUUUGGGGGUGUUUUUCUGCUAAGGGGACAGGACAACUUCACACCAUCAAAGGGACGAUGGACGGGGCCAUGUACCGUCAAAUCUUGGGUGAGAACCUCCUUCCCUCAGCCAGGGCAUUGAAAAUGGGUCGUGGAUGGGUAUUCCAGCAUGACAAUGACCCAAAAUACACGGCCAAGGCAACAAAGGAGUAGCUCAAGAAGAGGCACAUUAAGAUCCUGGAGUGGCCUAGCCAGUCUCCAGACCUUAAUCCCAUAGAGAAUCUGUGGAGGGAGCUGAAGGUUCGAGUUGCCAAACAUCAGCCUCGAAACCUUAAUGACUUGGAAAAGAUCUGCAAAGAGGAGUGGAACAAAAUCCCUCCUGAGAUGUGUGCAAACCUGGUGGCCAACUACAAGAAACAUCUGACCUCUGUGAUUGCCAACAAGGGUUUUGCCACCAAGUACUAAGUCAUGUUUUGCAGAGGGGUCAAAUACUUAUUUCCCUCAUUAAAAUGCAAAUCAAUUUAUAACAUUUUUGACAUGCGUUUUUCUGGAUUUUUUUGUUGUUAUUCUGUCUCUCACUGUUCAAAUAAACCUACCAUUAAAAUUAUAGACUGAUCAUGUCUAUGUCAGUGGGCAAACUUACAAAAUCAGCAGGGGAUCAAAUACUUUUUUCCCUCACUGUAUAUCUUUCAACUAUGCUGUGAUGUUUAAGCAUACAAUUUCAAUAUAUCUAAUCGAAUAGAAUCCACAGAUUGUGAGUUGAAGAUAAAUACUUUUUACUAAGAGUGUUAGUAUAUUAGUAGUUGAUUGACCCGGUCUCUCCAGAUCUCCCAACAGUCCUAUUUCUAGGGUCAAUUUUAGAUGAAUGUUAUGCAUUUUCAGCCAUUCCUGAACCUGAGACCAGAACCAGGCUACCUGAGGGCAAUACCAAAAUAAAUGGUCUAUUGAUUCUGUAUCCUCACAACACAAUCUGCAGAGCUGCGAUGAUUGUAUGCCCCAAAUAUUCAACAUUUUGUUGGUGGCAAGAAUUCUAUAUACCAUGGAAUCGGUAUAUCAAAAAUCUCUUCCCAACUAUUUUGCAAUCUGCAUGGCACACAGCUGUCAACAUCCUGGUCCUCAAAUGAAACUGCUAUACUUUCCUAUUCAUGCUAUUUUUAUUAUUUAUAUUGGGCAGACAGACCAGUUCCCUACCUCCUCCCUUGAUCCUUUAUAUUGGGCAGACAGACCAGUUCCCUACCUCCUCCCUUGAUCCUUUAUAUUGGGCAGACAGACCAGUUCCCUACCUCCUCCCUUGAUCCUUUAUAUUGGGCAGACAGACCAGUUCCCUACCUCCUCCCUUGAUCUUUUAUAUUGGGCAGACAGACCAGUUCCCUACCUCCUCCCUUGAUCCUUUAUAUUGGGCAGACAGACCAGUUCCCUACCUCCUCCCUUGAUCCUUUAUAUUGGGCAGACAGACCAGUUCCCUACCUCCUCCCUUGAUCCUUUAUAUUGGGCAGACAGACCAGUUCCCUACCUCCUCCCUUGAUCCUUUAUAUUGGGGCAGACAGACCAGUUCCCUACCUCCUCCCUUGAUCCUUUAUAUUGGGCAGACAGACCAGUUCCCUGCCUCCUCCCUUGAUCCUUUAUAUUGGGCAGACAGACCAGUUCCCUACCUCCUCCCUUGAUCCUUUAUAUUGGGCAGACAGACCAGUUCCCUACCUCCUCCCUUGAUCCUUUAUAUUGGGCAGACAGACCAGUUCCCUACCUCCUCCCUUGAUCCUUUAUAUUGGGCAGACAGACCAGUUCCCUGCCUCCUCCCUUGAUCCUUUAUAUUGGGCAGACAGACCAGUUCCCUACCUCCUCCCUUGAUCCUUUAUAUUGGGCAGACAGACCAGUUCUCUAUCUCCUCCCUUGAUCCUUUAUAUUGGGCAGACAGACCAGUUCCCUACCUCCACCCUUGAUCCUUUAUAUUGGGCAGACAGACCAGUUCUCUACCUCCUCCCGCUGCCACCAGCCUCCUCCAUGUUUGGGGUAAUGCUGUAAUCAAUUGGUUGUAAUCUUGGAUUGAGCAGACCUUCCCAUGCGAUUCUAAUAACUCCAUGAAAUACACAACUCUACCAUUCCAAUUUACAAUAUCAUUUAAAAACAAAAAUACCCUAUUCAAACAUCUUUCCCAUAAAUACAGUUAUUUUAUCAACCAGCACAUUCGAGUUCAGCCAUAAUAUUAGUUGUAAUAUUUGUUAUUCUGAAGGUGUUGCCCAAACCCUCAAUAUCUGAACGCUGUUAUGUACUCUGUUAAAACCGUUUCCUACUAGGUAGCCUACUCACAGUCCAUUUCCCUCCGUCAGUGUCCAUAUCACAGUAGACGUAUGGAGGAGAGUUGGGUCCAGCAGGGUAGAUCCUGUAGAUACCACUGGUCUUAGAACCGUUGUUGUAGACGUCAGCGCAGUCCAGAGGCUGGAACAUCAGUACCUUAGAGUGAACUGCUACUGACAGCAGCACGUGGAGGAACUUCAGGGCCUGAAACAUGGGAAACCACAGAGCGCCUGUUCAAUUAAACAUUCUGCUUGUCAUUCUAUGUGUGAAACGUACAAGUAUUGCUGAAAAUAUGGAAGUAGAUCUGGUUACAUAUAACAGUCUGUAAGUGGUAAAAUGAUGCAGUUGUAAAAUGAUGCCUACAACUUACCUGCAUUGUUGGAAUGGUAAAAAAGUAUUUUUCCAGUUGGUUUUCAGCCGGACAAGCAAAUAAUGUGAUUGUGACUCAUCGAUUCCUUUUGUGUACUUUUUUAGAAGGGGUGGGUUGAUCAUGAUUGGCUAAUAUUUAUCAGGGGAGCAAACACGAUUUCACAAUACGGGCAGUUCCACUUUUGUAAUUCCCUGGACUUUCUCAGUCUUUUUAAACAGUGUUUUUAUUUUAUCCAUAUAGCCUUAGUUGUCUCGACGUUACACCAGAACAUGUACUCUACCUUUCUGUUCAUAUUUUGUUCGUAAAUUGUCACAUGUUGUUUUACUUUGAACCACUUGAUCGAAUAAUGCAUAGAAAUACCAGAUCUGUGAUCCGUAGCGCCUCAUCUUGGAAACCCGGAACCAAAACCCUGCGUCACCUCCCAUGUGGGACAGACGUUUCUAAAAUGCAGCUAGAAACAGUUUUUUUUUAUUGAAGAAAAAUGGCGAUAUGCUUCAGCUGUCCAGAAGGAUUGUUAUGUUAGUGGAAGAAGUUUAGAGGUUUAAAUUGUUAGAGGCUGAGGGUUGACAAAAAAAAAAACAUAUCUCUAACUUAAACUGACAGAUUUCUAUGGGGAUUUGUUUUAUUAUGAUGCUAAUUAGAUUUCCGGGUUGGGAGCGGAAAUCGAAUCUAGGGGUGUUAAGAACGGAAGCAUAGAAAUAGCGCACAUAGAACAGAUCUACCGCUUCUUAGACUUGCUUUCAAUGAGAAUGACGGAUCUAUAACUCAGAUUUAUAUGUGAAUUUGGUCAGGUCGCCCCCAAAAAGUGACAUAUUGCAUCUUUUAAAGAUUCGAAUAUUGCGUCAAACCUGAAUAGCGAGUUGAAGAAGCGAGUUGCACAAAGUCCAUUUUUCUUCUCAUCUUUCUCCAGUACAAUAUUAAAACUUGUCCCCGAGGACAUUCCUCUUUUCACUACGGCUUCUUUUCACUGUACUCUUUCUUCUAACGUUCAUUUUUACUUUAAUGAAAAAGGCCUCCAUCUUCGCCAUCAACAGUAGCCAAGACCAAGGCUCCUUUUUACGUUUUGAGUUGUAAUUGGCCGACACGGACAACAAGCUCUCGCUGUUCUCAUCACCUCACACACAUUACAUUAACCAGAGGACAGGUCCAGUCGCUAAAUCACAG